AUGUGCGGCUCACACACUUUACUCUACCUGGGAGUCUUAGCUGUGGCAGUGUUCGCCAAUAUGACACUGGAUCGCUGUUUGAAAACCAAUCCUAAGUACAUCAUGAAUGUGGUGCUGCUGGAGGACAACAUUUAUGAGUGGAAUCGAAAAGCUGUGCAGGAAGCUGUGGAGGACGCCAUUGAAGAGGACAGGAAGGUGAACGAGGCAUAUGGCCUAAAUUUCACACUGACGGCAAACUUCAAUGGGUUCAACACCACCGUGUACAACCGGCAGGGCUGUGGGAGCAGCACCUGUGAGGGAGUCGCCAUCCUCAAGAUGCUGCAAAUCAAUGGUGAAAUUGGAUGCAUCAUGCUGGGCCCUUCCUGCACUUAUGCCACCUAUCACCUGGUGGAUGAAAAAAUCGGCCUAAAUCUGAGUAUUCCUGUCAUCUCUGCCGGGAGCUUUGGCCUCUCAUGUAACUACCAACCCAAACUGACCCGACUUCUGCCUCCAGCACGCAAGAUCUCAGAUUUUCUUAUCAACUUCAUGAAUAAAACAUUGCCAUUUAAGGAUUCUUGGAAUCGGGUCUAUGUUUACAAGAACAGCAAUGCAAGCGAAGAUUGCUUCUGGUACAUUAAUGCCUUGGACGCCCGCUCGUCAAGCUUUGCCACAAAUACAGCCAGAACAAUUCUGCAAAAGGAGGACGAACUGCUGGAAAAACUCACUGUUUUGCAAAGACACAGCAACAUUUUCAUCCUGUGUGGGACCAAUGACGAAGUCUCUUCAAUAAAGAGGAAGGCGGAACAGAGCAAGAAGGGCCCAAUUCAUAAAGACACCAUUUUCAUUCUUCUCGACAUCUUCAACCAAGAGUAUUACAUCAAUACAACAUCCAGUUACGGUAUGGAAGAUGUCCUGGUGGUCACCCUCCCGAAGAGGAUCCACAACAUCACGAUUAAUGACUAUGUUGCUGGAUAUCAUGAUGGGGUUUUGCUGUUUGGCCAAGUGGUGAGAGAGAAGAAACUCCAAAAGCAGCACAACAGGGCGUCAACCGAUGUAUCGCUGGUUUAUAAAGAGUUUGGGAGCACCUCUUUUUACGGUUUGGGAGGACAUUAUGUGCUUGAUGAGUACGGAGACAGGGAUGUUAACUUAUCAAUAAUUUAUACAUCAAAAACCACCAAGCAGUACGAGAUCCUAGGUGUAUUUGAUACAUCACUGAAUGAAACCAACGUAAGAGAUUCAAACCCUGAGUUACCCUGGGACGGCAACCGUUUACCUAAAGAUAAGACCCAAUAUGAAUCAGACAUAAGUACACAGAAAAUCAUCAUGAUCGUCUUGAGUGUCACCGUUGUCGUGAUGACCGGCAUCGCUCUCAUCUUCUACAGGAAAAAUAGGAAGGAGCGGUUUAUGCAGAAGAAGUGGUCUCACAUCGACCCUCACCUUAUUGGACCACUGGACGAGAAGGAAGUCUCGCUGAUGAUCGAUGAUGUCAAGAGGAAGGACAGCAUGUGCCACAUUCAUCGAGGACGUUAUGACAAAAAGCCUGUAAUCCUGAAAGAACUGAAACUAGAUGGAGACUUCACAGAAGACCAGAAUGAGCUAAACAUGCUCCUGCGUAUCGAUUACUACAACCUGACAAAGUUCUAUGGCACAGUGAAGUUUGAAUAUGGUGUGUUUGGGGUGUUUGAGCUCUGUCAGAGGGGUUCCCUCAGGUUCAUUCUCAAUGACAGAAUCUCUUACCCAGAUGAGACAUUCAUGGACAUGGAGUUCAAGAUAUCAGUCAUGUAUGACAUAGCAAAGGGAAUGUCAUAUCUCCACUCCAGUAACAUCGCGAUUCACGGUCGCCUCAAGUCUACCAACUGUGCGGUUGACAACCGCAUGGUGGUCAAGAUCACUGACUUUGGCUGCCACACCAUCCUGAAACCUGGCAGAGAUCUGUGGACAGCCCCCGAACAUCUUCGCAAAGAUGGAGUUUCUCAAAAAGGUGAUGUCUACAGCUACGCCAUCAUUGCCCAUGAGAUUAUGAUGCGGAAGGUCCCCUUCUAUACACAGCGCUGCUCUGACAAUGAAGUCUUAAAGAAAAUCUACCGAGUGCAGCAUCCCAACGGCACAAAUUUCUUCAGACCCGACCUCAACUUUGACAGAGCCUCAGAGAGGGAGAUCGAGCUGUUUAUGCUGAUAAAGAACUGUUGGGAUGAAGACCCUGAACGGAGGCCAGAUUUUAAGAAGAUAGAAAUGACCCUGGGUAAAAUAUUUAGUAACCUGCACAACCAGGCUACUGAAACAUAUAUGGACAACCUGAUCCGCCGCCUGCAGAUGUACUCCAGAACUCUGGAGCGUUUGGUGGAAGAGAGGACUGCUUUGUACAAAGCUGAAAGGGACAGAGCAGAUAGACUCAACUUCAUGCUACUACCUGGUCCUGUGGUCCGUUCACUUAAGGAGACGGGCAGAGUGGAGCCGGAGCUGUUUGAGGAGGUGACGGUCUAUUUCAGUGACAUCGUGGGAUUCACCACCCUCUGCCAUUACAGCACACCCAUGGAGGUGGUAGACAUGCUGAACGACAUCUACAAGAACUUUGAUAGCAUCCUGGACCAUCAUGAUGUGUACAAGGUGGAGACAAUAGGAGAUGCAUAUAUGGUUGCGUCAGGUUUACCUAGUCGCAAUGGGGACAGGCAUGCAGUGGAUAUCGCCCACAUGGCUUUGGACAUCCUGGAAUUUGUGGGCACUUUUGAGUUGCAGCAUCUGCCUGGAAUCCCACUGUGGAUCCGCAUUGGUGUGCACUCAGGACCGUGUGCUGCAGGAGUAGUUGGGAACAAGAUGCCUCGCUACUGCCUUUUUGGAGACACGGUCAAUACCGCAUCUCGCAUGGAGUCCACCGGUCUACCGUUAAGGAUUCAUGUCACUCAGUCCACCAUCAACAUCCUGAAGAGGACAGGCUGCAAGUUUGAGUAUGAAAAGAGAGGAGAGACCUAUCUGAAAGGAAAAGGCAAAGAAAUUACAUACUGGUUAACAGGUGUAACUGAAGCAAAGUAUAAUUUACCAACACCGCCAACAGCGGAGAAUUUCCAGAGGCUCCAGCAGGAUCUAGCAGAAAUGAUCGUGUCCAGUCUACAGAAGCGCGGACGUGAUUCCGAUGGCUUUGAAAAGAGGAAGACCCUGUCCGCCAAAGUGCGUCAGCAUGAGACUGACAACAGCCUGCCAGAGUACUUCCAUCUGGCUGUCACUGAUAGCCCCGAGACCCACCUGUGACCACAGAGGAGCUUCAUAUACAAACAUGGUGAAGAAACCGAGCCAUGGCGUAAAACCUCUGAAUGUGCACUGCCAGGUUUUCCUUCUGUAAAUUGCCACCAGAGGAGCAACUGGCCGUGUCAAACUUGAGGCAGCUGUCUCAGAUACUUUCCCUGAAGCUUUAUGACUGUACAAUUAUCCAAAAAACACCCCCUUCUACAUUAACAUUCACUAUUCCUCAAGUGAAAAUGGAUUUUAAGGUUUCCAGCAUUGUAUUGCAAAGGGGGGAAAUGAUUUUUAACAGUCUAAAACCAAGCAAGUCUUUCUCAUAAUGCUUGUUUUCUCAUGUGUUUUAAGUUAUGACUAAUUGCUCUUAAAUGUUUUGUUAGAUCAGUCAUACACCAUACAUAGAAUAUCUUUUGGGUUGCUAGU